AUGGAGCUGCGGGAGGUGGUGGACUGCGCCCUGGGCAGCUGCGUGCGCCACGAGCCGCUCGGCCGCGCCGCCUUCCUGCGCUGCUUCGCCGCCCCCUCGCGGAAGCCGCGGGGCACCGUCAUCCUCUUCGACGUCGACGGCGCCGGGCGAGGGCUCAGCGGCGGCCACGUGGUGAACUACAACAAGCAGGGCACGUCCAUCCACGCCGAGGUGCUGCUGCUGAGCGCCGUGAGAGCCGCGCUGCCGCGGCGGUGCGAGGGGGACGCGGAGGAGGCACCGCGCGACUGCACCGUGCACUGCUACUCCACGUACAGCCCGUGCCGCGACUGCGUCGACUACAUCCAGGAGUUCGUGGCCAGCACGGGCGUGCGAGUGGCCAUGCGCUGCUGCCGCCUGUACGAGCUGGACGUGACCAGGAGGCGCCCUGAAGCAGAGGGCGUCCUGCGGUCGCUGAGCAGCCUGGGACGCGACUUUCGGCUCAUGGGGCCACGGGACGCCAUCGCCCUGCUCCUGGGAGGGCGCCUCGCCGACGGGGAGAGCGGGGCGAGUGGGGGGGACGCCGAGCCCUUGGUGGAGAUGGCGGGGUUCGGGGACGAGCAGUUACAUGCGCAGGUGCAGAGGAACAGGCAGAUCGUGGAGGCGUACGCGAGAUACGCGGGCGCCGUGUCUCUCGUGCUGGGCGAGCUCCAUGUGGACCCGGACAAAUUCCCCUUCCUGGCCGACUUCCUGGCCCAGACGUCCGUGGAGCCGAGCGGCACGCCGAGAGGGGCCCGGGGCAGGCCCAGAGGAGCCUCGUCACGUGGGCCGGGGAUCGGCCGACAGAGGCCCGCGGACUUUGAACGAGCUCUGGGUGCCUACGGUCUGUUCCUACACCCUCGAAUCGUGUCACGAGAAGCCGAUCGAGAAGAGAUCAAGCGCGAUCUGAUCGCUGUGAUGAGGAAACACGACUAUCAAGGCUGCCUGGAGGUGUCGCCCUGCGUAUGUAGCGGCGCGUGCGUGCGAGCGUGCCCGUGUCGCCAGGCGGGCCGCAUGUGCAUCCCGUUGUGUGGCGCCCACAGAGCCACGUGCACGCGGGGUGGCGCGGUGGGUGGCGCGGUGGGUGGCGCGGUGGGUGGCGCAAAGAGCCACAUGAACACGAGGGGGAGAGCAACUCUACAGUUGACGGCCAAGACAAGUCAAGACGGCGCAGGAGAAAAAACGCAACUUCACUGCUCUCAGAGCCAUGAAGAUGAUAUACCAUGA